GUUCCAGAGAAGGUGAGGCCAGAACAGCAGCUCACUUUUAUUCACUUCUCUUCACUCACCUUGGCGAUACUUACACCAUGAAAGCAGUGGCUUUUUGCCUGUUCUUAAUGCUCGUUCUGAUAUCCAACUUUAAUGUGGAGUCAGUCUCAAAAAACACAGUUGACUGCACUGGUUUUAAAAAAUUACCAUCAGAAGAGGAAAGAGUCUGUACUCUAGAAUAUAUGCCAAUAUGUGGUUCAGAUGGGAAAACAUAUUCCAAUAGAUGUCAUUUCUGCUCUUCUGUAAAGAAAAGCAAUGACAAAAUCAAAUUUGCACAUACGGGGGAGUGUGGAGUUAAAGCACCAACUCCAAAACAUCUUCUUCAAAUGCUUUUCUCUCCUGCUAGAAGAUGAUGCACAAGAUAUCUGCAGAAGAUUGUCUUUCAUAAUGCUGAGUCUUCAAUUUUGCUUGUAGUACUAUUACUUGUAGAAUAAAGGAAACUGCAUAAACAUUUUUGUCUAAAUUCUAUUAGAAGAAAAAGUAAACAAGGAACCUCAGGAGUAGUAAGGUAUCAAAUGUCACAAUAGGAUUGGAACCAGGAAUAUUCUACUUGGAAAAGACUUGAUAUUGAGGAGAAAGGUGGGACAGUAUAUUGGCUUCAAAACUAUCAAGGAAUUACAUAUUUUUCUGCUUGGUUCCAGAGAAAAGGACUUGCACAAUCUCAGCAGGGAUGGUCAAGGGGCAGUGCUUUUUUACAAGGAAGAGAAUUUCAGCUUGAUAUGGAAUGUGCUGUUAUAGGAGGGAGUAAUAUUUGUACCCAGAAUUUUUCAAGUAGAUGCCAGAUGACCAUUUGCUAGGGAUUUUUAAAUAGGAU